AUGUCUCGAGAGAUCACUGCAUCUCUUGCCGGCAUAGCUUCAAAAGCUCUAACACUCUCUCAGUUAAACCAAAUCCACGCUCAGCUCGUCGUCUUCAACUCCCUCCAUCGACAAAGCUACUGGGCUUCGCGUCUCAUCACCUCCUGCACGCGCCUCCGCGCGCCGCCUGUCUACGCGCGGCUCGUCUUCAGUUCAGUGACAUUCCCCAAUGUCUUCCUCGUCAAUUCGAUGUUUAGAUACUUUUCGCAGAUGGAAUUGGGGAACGAUGCUCUUCGUCUCUACGAACAAAGGUCGCGUUGCGGGAUCAUGCCUGACGCUUUUUCUCUCCCUGUGGUGAUCAAAUCGGCUGGAAAGUUCAGUGUGUUGUUUCACGCUCUUGUAGAGAAAUUAGGAUUUGUUAAGGACCCGUAUGUACGGAACGUGAUGAUGGAUAUGUACGCGAAGCAUGAGUCAGUGGAGAGCGCACGCAAAGUGUUCGAUCAAAUUACUCAGAGAAUUUGUUCUGAUUGGAAUGUGAUGAUUUCUGGGUAUUGGAAAUGGGGAAACAAGGAGGAAGCUUGCAAGCUGUUUGAUACAAUGCCGCAGGAGAAAACUGACGUGGUUUCUUGGACGGUUAUGAUUACUGGUUUUGCGAAGAUUAAAGAUUUGGAGAAUGCAAGGAGGUGUUUUGAUCUGAUGCCGGAGAAGAGCAUUGUUUCUUGGAACGCUAUGCUUUCAGGUUACGCGAAGAACGGGUUUACAGAGGAAGCUCUGAGGUUGUUUAGCGAUAUGAUAAGAGUUGGAGUAAGGCCAAAUGAGACCACCUGGGUCACUGUUAUCUCCGCUUGUUCUUCCCGUGGUGAUCUUUCCCUCGCUCAUACGCUAGUGAGAGUUAUUGAUGAUCAGAGAGUCCGUUUGAAUUGCUUUGUGAAGACGGCGUUGCUUGACAUGCAUGCCAAGUGCAGAGACAUCCCAUCCGCGAGGAGGAUUUUCAACGAGUUAGGUACGCAGAGGAGUCUUGUUUCUUGGAACGCAAUGAUUUCAGGGUAUAGUAGAGUUGGUGAUAUGUAUUUAGCGAGGCAGCUUUUUUAUACAAUGCCUGAGCGGAACGUUGUUUCUUGGAACACGAUGAUAUCCGGGUUUGUUCAUAACGGAGAACCUGAAACAGCUAUUGAGUUUCUUGAAGAGAUGAUUGAUUCUGGAGAAGCAGAACCGGAUGAAGUAACAAUGAUUAGUGCUCUCUCAGCAUGUGGAUACAUGGGUGAUCUUGAAUGGGGUGAUUGGGUUGUAAGUUACAUUGUCAAGAGCCAGAUCAAGCUUAAUGCUUCGGGAUACAGCUGUUUGAUCUUUAUGUAUGUAAGGUGUGGAAACCUGAGGGAAGCGAAACGAGUGUUUGAUGAAAUGAAGGAAAGAGAUGUUGUCUCUUAUAACACAUUAUUCUCAGCUUUUGCAGCUAAUGGAGAUGGGGUUGCAACACUGAAUCUAUUAUCGAAGAUGAAAGGAGAAGGCAUUGAGCCAGACCAUGUGACUUACGCUACUGUGUUGACGGCUUGCAAACGUGCAGGAUUACUUGAAGAAGGCCAGAGAAUAUUCGAAUCAAUAAGAAAUCCUUCAGUAGAUCACUAUGCUUGUAUGGAUGAUUUGUUGGUAUGA